CGGACGAAGUAUGUGGAUUUUUUUCGACGAAGAGAGAAAUCAUCUGGAAAAGAGUCGAAUAUCAACCACCACCAAACCACUCUUCUCUCCCUCGCCGUCGCUGUGGAAAAGAGUCGAAUAUAUUGGGAACAAUUCGUCAGUGAUCAGUUAGCCAUGUCUAGUAACCUAUUCCAAGGGCUUCCUCCCCCUUCGGCACGGCCGCCACCGCCUCCUCCCCCGCCAGAGCAAGCGGCACCACCGCCGUUGGAUCCUGCCACCGACAAAGUUUCUCCAACUCCACCAGCCCCUGCUCUCAAGAGCGCCCUUAAACGUUCCAAUCCUCCCGACUCCGGACCUCAAGCUCCUGCCCCAAAGAAAAGCUUGAGGUUUAAAACGAUCGCCGACACUUCUGAAACCCAAGUCAUAGAUGCCAUGAAGAAGAUAUGUUCACAUAUAAACAAUGCUUCGAAAUUCAACAAGGCAUCAAAGCUUGCAAUUCAGCUGAUCCAGGCUGGAAGUGUUAAGCCUAGUAAUAGUGACUACUUCUUUUCCAUACUUGAAGCAGCAAUGUCUUCACCAACAACCUGUAAUGAUCCACGGGUGAGGGCAGAUUAUCAUGCUUUGUUCUUCGCUGCAGAAGACUUGAAAGAAAUCUUUACUCAGAAGCAGCAGAAGCAUUUGAGUCUAUGGACUAUAAGAGCGGUUAUGGCAAAUGAUCUCUUCACUGAUGAUAGUUUUGUGUUUUCAAAGGCUUGUGGAAGGAUCAAAGAAGCUAUCUCAAAUCUUCCUGUAGCAACAAAAGACAAUGACAUAGAAGAAGCUGCAGCCUUGAAAGAUGAUUCAGAAAUGGUGGAAUCAGAUUGUCAGAAAGAACAACAUUCUUCCUCAAAUCCUAUUCCUGAAUCAAGCAUUAAGGAAGAGUCUGAUCCCUUUGGAUUGGACGCUUUGAUUCCAAAUGCAUCAAAAAAAGAUGAAAAAGUGAAAGCAAAAUUGGAUGCUGAAGCAACAGCAUCUAAAAUAAGAAAGGAUGAAGAUGAAGAAGCAAAGAGAUUCUUGAAAUUAGAAAGAGCAGCAUUGAUUCUUUGUUUAGAGAUUGCAGCAAAGCGUUAUAAAAUCCCAUGGUGCCAAACAGUGAUAGACAUAACUGUGAAACACGCAUUUGACAAUGUAAGCCAUUUUACAUCAAAACAAAGGAAUGCAAUUGAGAAACUAUGGGCUUCCAUAAGAGAGCAACAAACUCGAAGGAAACAAGGGAAAUCUGUAUCUGGGAAACUUGAUGUGAAUGGUUUUGAGUGGCUUCAACAAAAGUACUCAACCGAAAAAAUAAGCAUACGCCAUUCCGUUGGUGGCAAUACUCGACGUGCUGAACAAUGGCUUGGCUGAUUCCAUUCCAUGGAAUUUGUAUUCCUAUUCCGGUUCUUGUAUCAAAUACAUCAUCACAAGUACACCCCAAUAUUGGUAUUGAAUUAGUGGUUUUGGUUUUUCUGUCCAAAUUCACUUUUUUGCCCACCUCUAUCACUUG